AUUUUGUGCUGUACAGCUUACAACGUUUACAAGUCAGUGAAUGAGACUUAACAUUUACCAGCUCAUCUUAAGAUCAUGGGGAAGAUAAUGUAUAUCGUAAGCUUCGUUUUGUUUGCAGCUGAUCUGGGCACAGAUAUUUACGUGGCUGUUAAACAUCGCGAGAAUGGUGAUGAAGGGUGGUUUGCUUGGACGCUAGUUUUUACUGUCAUUCCUCUUGUCAUUAGCUUUUUGGCGCCUUGCUAUGCAAAAAAACUAUACGAAGUUCGUGAUAUUGGAGAUACUCUCGUUAUAGCACGUUAUAUGGAGGCAAUGUAUGAAUCCGCUCCACAAUGGUGUCUUCAGGUUUACAUCAUGUUACUUAAAUGGGAAUUCCCGUGGUAUACCAUACUCUCCACCGUGUUCUCCCUUCUUGGCUUGACUUGGAGUACUAUCGACCUUGAAAGAAAAAUUCUAGAAGACGAGUAUGAUAACUGGCUAUUCUUGGUUGUAUCUUUCUUGCACGAGCUGUCUGGUUUCAUUUCUCGACUCGUCGUAAUUGCUGUCUUUGCGUACGCAUUUAUGCCGUUUUUUUUUGUCUUUGGCAUUUGCUGCUCAUACAACAGUCCUCGCGCUGACUCUAAGUUUCAUCCAAACACAUUACUUUGGCUCCGUGAAUGGUUAUAUUACAAUUUUGGAAUCGGCGUUAACGUGUGGGAUCAUAAUGUUCAUCAUUUUCGCAUAUGUUUUUAUCCCGUUUUUGUUAUAUCCGUCCAAGGCACUUUUCACUGCACUGUUGAAGGGUAAUGAAAACCAAAUGCAAACACACUAUAACUGGACAUACAUCGUCAUUGUCGUAGUUAACAUCAUUAUGCUAAUCAUGAUUGCCGCCUUGGACCCUAUACGGAAAGACACCCAUAUGGAUGCAGUGAGACCAAUUGCGACGAUAUGCGUAUUAGGUGCAAUGGUAACCAACUGUGGUUUGCUUAUAUUCAAAUGCUGUAUGAGCUCUGGCUGCAGUGGCGACCCUGAACCAUGGCCAGCCACAAGCGAACGGUAAUCAGCUCAUAACUAUAUAUGUUCUGACCACUGGUCAGCUUUAUUAGCCUUUUCCCAAACUAGAGAUCACAGUGGAUUUUCAAAUAUGUGAGAAUAGAAA